GUUUUUGACUCUCAGAUCCGUUUCUGUUUUGUUCAUUUUCUCGGUUUUUUUCCCUUUCUCUUUUGAGUUUGUUUCCUGUUUCGAGUUUUUGAAAAUGUUAUGUGCUUUUUUAUUUUAAAUAAAAAAAAUUGCUUCUCUGUAUGAUUUUCUCACGUUGAAUCCACACAAUGUACGGACAUUUAGUUAACUGUUAAAGUUUUCAUGUCUGCCUAUGUUGUGUCGUUUUGGAUUCUGUUUGGGUAAUCUAUUGAUUUUUUUUAUUUGAUUAGCAGCAUUGCUGUUAAAUUUAAGAAGUCAUACUCAAAAGUCAAAACCAGAUGAUUUUUUUAACAUGCAGCGUGCUAUAUAUGAACUGCAAGAGAAGAAAUAGGAAAGAAAUGCCGUUAUUUCGUGUUCACACGUGUGAAAAAAAUAUUUAACUUAAUUGAGCAAAGGCAGGGCUGUGAAAGUUAUUGCGCUCGCCUGUUAAAAAAUGGAUUUAGAGGAUAAGUUUCUAGCUAAAGUUUCUGGUGUUCAAAGCCUUUCUUCUAGUGUACAAAGCACCCCUGAGAAAAAUGGGAAUUCAGAUGACGCAUCAAGAAGUCCGGAACUUCUUCAAGAGUUUCUGAAAUCUGGCGCCAAAAAGGAGCUUCUUCGAACUUGUUUUGAUAAGGACAAGAAGCACACAGCUUCAUCAAAGAGCAAAGCAACAGAAGUGAUGAAGACAUGUAAUAAAACAAUUAGGAAGCAGGAGUCAAAAAAAGUUUCUUCCAGUCCCAUCAAUCAGCCUUCAUUCAAGAAGCAACAAAGAAAGGGGGAAAACCCAACACGACUCUUACCAGCUUCGGAGCAGCCAUCAGAUUUUGGAUGCUCAAACUCCUGGAUAUGUAAAAACUCAGCUUGUAGAGCUGUCCUUUCCAUUGAUGACACAUUUUGCAAGAGGUGCUCUUGCUGUAUUUGUCAUUUAUUUGAUGACAAUAAAGAUCCUAGUCUCUGGUUGGUCUGCACAUCAGAAAAUAGUGAGGGGGACUCUUGUGGGCUAUCAUGUCAUAUUGAAUGUGCCCUUCAGCGAGAAAAGGUGGGUGUUGUUGAUCUGGGGCAACUAAUGCAGCUAGAUGGUAGUUAUUGCUGUGCUUCUUGUGGUAAAGUUACAGGCAUUCUUGGGUCCUGGAAGAAGCAGCUAAUCAUUGCCAAGGAUGCUCGUCGAAUUGAUGUGCUCUGUUAUAGGAUAUACUUGAGCUACAGGCUAUUGGAUGGGACUUCAAGGUUUAAAGAACUGCAUGAAAUUGUGAAAGAUGCUAAGGCCAAAUUAGAAACAGAGAUAGGCCCUUUGAAUGGUGUGUCUGCCAAGAUGGCACGUGGUAUUGUCAGCAGACUCUCUAUUGCUGGUGAUGUGCAGAAACUUUGUUCUCUUGCAAUUGACAAAGCUGAUGAAUGGCUGGCUACAAUCUCUAGUGGGAACCCAAAAUGCAGAGAGGAUUCACGUCCUGCUGCUUGCAGGUUCUUAUUUGAAGAAGUAACAUCAUCAUCUGUUGUAAUCAUUUUAAUUGAAAUGUGUAAUGCAUCAUCUGAUGAAAUUAAGGGCUACAAACUUUGGUAUUGCAAGAGUAUAGAAGAGGCGCAAACAAAAGACCCUCUUUGUGUAUUUCCAAGAACUCAGAGGAGGAUUUUGAUAUCCAAUUUGCAGCCCUGCACGGAGUAUACUUUUCGGAUUGUUUCAUAUACAGAAGCUGGUGACUUUGGUCACUCUGAGGCUAAGUGUUUUACCAAGAGCAUAGAGAUAAUUCACAAGAAUCCUAAUUCUUCAGUUUCCACAAAUGGUAAGAAUGCAAAUAAUUCCUUGGAAGGAGGUAUGUCUGGUUCAAGGAGAGAGUCUAAAUCUACAAAUUCUUCUGGCUUUAAGGUUCGAGAGCUUGGAAAGAUCCUGCAUCUGGCUUGGGCUCAAAAGCAAGGGUGCUUUGAAGGUUUCUGUAGUGCUGAUACAGAAAAAUGUUGUGGAGCUACAGAAGUGACAAAGCCUGAAACUCCAGAAGAUGAGUUGCCUUCUAUAUCUCGUGGGCUUGACUUAAAUGUUGUUUCAGUGCCUGAUUUGAAUGAAGAGCUGACCCCUCCAUUAGAGUCCUCCAGGGAUGAAGAUAAUGGAUGUACUUUGGAACAGACUGUUGAGGCAGAUGAUGAUGCUGCUUCUCAUGACAUAAAGAAGAAUGGUUUAGCAAGAUCGCAUGGUAGUGGCGAUUCACAGACCUGGACUGAUGGGCCCAGUGGAGAAGUACCUGCUGUUGACUCGCGGGCAGAAUUGUGCAGGAAAAGGGCUGCACAUUCCAAUGAGGAAAUGCACGACUGUGAUAGCACAUUGAUAAAUGGGUCACCGUUCCGUGUAUCCACUGGCUCAGGUUGCUUGGAUGAAAACUUUGAGUACUGUGUGAAGAUAAUCCGAUGGUUGGAAUGUGAGGGUCAUAUUAACCAAGAAUUCAGGUUGAAAUUGCUGACAUGGUUUAGUUUGAGAUCAACAGAACAAGAACGUAGAGUAGUAAACACCUUCAUUCAAACUCUGAUUGAUGAUCCUAGUAGUUUGGCAGGACAGUUGGUCGACUCAUUUUCAGAUAUCAUAUCCAGCAAGAGGCCACGAAACGGUUUCUGUAGUAAGCUGUGGCAUUAAUAUUCAAAAUUAGGGUGGGGUAUCCUAAAAUACAGGAUUGCUAUCCUGCAUCAUGAUUAUUUUUUUCCCUGGUGACAAAAUUACUUCUGAUUGCUUCACGGUUCUUUGUACAGGCAUUUUUUUUCAUAGUCACUUUGGGAGGUGAUUCAUUUAUGUUGUGGACAGCUUUGUCCAGCUAAGAAAAUUGGUUGCUGAUUGCGGAGACGCAUCCAUUUUUAUUUUACUUUUCAAGUCAAAAUGCCCUUGGAUGGGAGGCUUCAUGCUGUAAAAGGUAUUUAUUUGCAUUUGGAGCUUCAUCCUUUAGCAAGGCAUUUGUAAUUCCUUAAAUCGUGCUAAUUACAGUUGAAAUAGACUUUAGUUAUGAAGAACAUCUCAUCUAAAAUUUUAUAUGUGCGCCUGCGGAUACUCUUUUAUUAUUUUGCUUCUUUAAUCAAAGAAGGGUGCAUUAAUUGAUGGAUGAAUUUAGUGGUUA